GUCCUUUCUUUUUCGUUUCAUUCGCAGGUUCAGUUAGUUCGUCGGCGAAGAAUUACGCACACAAAAUAAACGGACGGACGCGUUUUAAAAUGUUAAGUUCACUGAAAAUAGUUCUGCUAUUAGGUGUAAUUUAUUUAUGUAAGGCCGCUGAAGAGGAUGUUAUCGACCUUACAGAUUCGGACUUUUCUACUGUUUUAGCUCAACAUGAUACUGCCCUAGUCAUGUUUUACGCACCCUGGUGCGGUCACUGUAAAAGACUGAAACCUGAAUACGCAGUGGCAGCCGGCGUGUUGAAGAACGAUGACCCUCCAGUCGCGUUGGUAAAAGUAGAUUGCACAGAAGGAGGCAAGAGCACCUGUGAACAACACUCAGUUUCUGGAUACCCUACACUCAAAAUCUUCAGAAAGGGUGAAGUGUCUCAAGAAUACAAUGGACCUAGAGAAUCUAAUGGGAUUAUCAAGUACAUGAGAGCCCAGGUGGGACCCAGCUCUAAGGAUCUGCGCUCAGUGGCCGAAUAUGAAGCAUUCAUAGCUAAGGAUGAAGUAGUUGUGGUGGGCUUCUUUGAAAAGGAAAAUGACCUUAAAGGAGAGUUCCUUAAAACUGCUGACAAGAUGCGUGAGGAAGUCUCUUUUGCCCAUACUUCAACUAAGGAGGUGCUUGAAAAGAGUGGAUACAAAAACAAUGUAGUACUGUUCCGGCCGAAGAAACUGCAGAACAAGUUUGAAGACUCCGUGGUGGUGUACAAGGGCGAGCCGGAGACCUACUCCCUCAAGUCUUUCAUCAAAGAAAACUUCCAUGGUUUGGUGGGAGUGCGUCAGAAGGAUAACCUACAAGACUUCAGCAAUCCGCUUGUGGUCGCUUAUUACGAUGUGGACUACGUCAAGAACCCUAAGGGCACCAACUACUGGAGAAAUCGUGUGCUCAAGGUUGCUAAGGAAAUGUCCGAAGUGAACUUCGCCGUGAGUGAUAAGGACGACUUCACCAACGAGCUGAACGAGUUUGGAGUUGAUUUCGCCAAGAGUGACAAACCGAUGGUAGCCGGUCGCGACGCCGACGGCAACAAGUUCGUCAUGAGCUCAGAAUUCAGCAUCGACAACUUACUGGCGUUCACAAAGGACUUGGUCGAUGGCAAAUUGGAACCUUUCAUCAAAUCUGAACCAGUUCCGGAGAAUAACGAUGGACCUGUGAAGGUGGCCGUCGGGAAGAACUUCAAGGAACUAGUGUCUGAUAGCGGCCGCGACGCUCUGAUCGAAUUCUACGCACCCUGGUGCGGACAUUGCCAGAAACUUGCGCCUGUCUGGGAAGAGUUGGGAGAUAAGCUUAAGAACGAGGAGGUAGACAUCGUGAAGAUCGACGCGACGGCCAACGACUGGCCCAAGUCGCAGUUCGAAGUUUCUGGUUUCCCUACUAUAUACUGGAAGCCAAAGGACUCGGCUAAGAAGCCCGUCAGAUAUAACGGCGGACGUGCUUUAGAAGAUUUCCUCAAAUACGUAUCAGAGCACGCGUCAAGCGAGCUCAGCGGCUGGGACCGCAAGGGCAAUGCGAAGAAGACAGAGUUGUAGAUUUAAGUUGUGAUGAAACUUUUUAAGAGAGAUCUGUGAAUGUACUGUGUGCGAGUGCGUGCCCGAUCAACGUAUGCUGAUUUGUAAACUCGGUUACCUGCCAUAACUGUCCCCGCGGCACGUUUACAGUUACCCAGUUUCCAGUUCAGUUUUACUUAGUAUAGUGUUAUCUAAAUACAGUAAUUUUGAAUGCAUUUCUUAUAUAUUGUCGGUGGGCUAAUGAAUAAAUUAGGUUGUAUUUA